AUGGCGUCGACUCAGGACAAGACUGCUUACCACGCCGGUGAGGCCAAAGGCCAUGCUGAGGAAGAAAUGAGGGAGAAGAUAGCAAAGGCGAGGGCGUUGGCGGCGGAAGCUAGACAGAAGGCGGGCUUGACGGCUCAGGCAGCGAGGGACAGGGCGUCGGAGAACGCGGAGACUGUCAAGGAGAAGACAUCGGAGACUGCCGAAGCGGCCAAGGAGAAUGCAGUCGAGGGAAAGGAGAAGACUGGUGGCUUUCUACAGCAGGCUAGUGAGAAAGUGAUGAAUGUGGCGCAGGGAACAGCAGAAGCAGUGAAGAGCUCUUUGGGAAUUGGUGUAGACAAUAAGGACAAGGAGACGGCUGCUGGAGGAAAUAAUAUGAGUUUCCAGCAGCCAACCGGCGGUUUGGCUACCGGAAACCUUGAUACCGGACGACUUAUUAUAGUGACUGGAAGUUCACUAAAGCCGCCGGUAAUUGUUGACGGUUUAUCGACGAUUGCUGGCGGUAUCCGGCAAGACUCCGGCGGUUUAGCCGCCGGAAACCGUUUUCUACGUGGUUUAUUCAGAUGCACUAAAUUUACUCUUCAGAACUCUAGCAGAAGAUCAAGAAAAAGAAAGCAAGUGACAAUGUCGACUGGUGACAAGGCUGCUUUUCACGCCGGCGAGGCCAAAGGCCAAACUCAGGAGAAAACGGAUAAUUUGUUCGGAAAAGCUUCGAACGCGGCUUCUGGAGCUAAGGACAAGACGGCAGAGACGGCGCAGGCGGCAAAGGAUCAUGCAGUAGAGGGAAAGGACAAUGCUGGUGGCUUUCUACAGCAGACUGGAGAGAAAGUGAAGAACGCGGCGCAGGGAACUACCGACGCUGUGAAGAACACUUUGGGAAUUGGAGAGGAAAAUAAGGGAAACUAGUUAGCUUCAGAAGCUCGGCUUAGAAUGGCAUCACAUUGAAUCUCGA